CAUGAAGUAGGGGCACCCCCUCUUAUUAAAUUGCGGCCCUUCUCCGGGUUCCUCACCUUGGCAAUGUUCGUCCAUUGUUCAUUGAGUCAACAUGUCAAUCAAGACAGAAAAGGCACCGGGUUUCUCUGCGUGCUCUACUCACGCAGAUUAUGAGAGUACCUCGACCACAAGAAAAGAUGGCACGCCACAAGAUCGAAAGGAUAUGUGGCGUGUGGGACGGGAACAGGAAUUGAACCGAAACUUCCGACUUCUUUCGGUGAUAGGAUUCAGCGCGGUCUUGAUGUGCACCUGGGAAGCCGUCUUGUUCGGUGCAUCCUACGGUCUCACAGACGGAGGAAAGGCAGGAAUGAUAUAUACCUACCUUGGCGCAGUCAUAGGCUUCAGCUUUGUGAUUCUUUCAAUGGCUGAAAUGGCUUCAAUGGCUCCAACUUCCGGCGGCCAGUACCAUUGGGUUUCGGAAUUCGCACCGCCCAGUCAACAACGCUUCCUCAGUUAUCUUACCGGCUGGGUUUGUGUAUUAGGCUGGCAUACAGGUAUUGCGGGAUGCUGCUAUACCGUUGCCAACAUGCUGGUCGGCUUACUGGCAAUCAACUAUCCCGACAGCUAUGUCUAUCAACCGUGGCAUGUGACACUAAUCGUGAUCGCAGCCGCUCUUGGGGCCCUGCUGUUCAACACGCUCUUAGCCCAGAAACUGUCGUUCAUUGAGGGCAUCAUUUUGAUUGUGCAUUGUUUUGGUUUCUUCGGUAUUCUUAUUCCCUUGUGGGUGUUGUCGCCUACUGCCUCUGCUUCGGAGGCUUUUGGGUCGUUCGAGGACAACGGAGCCUGGGGCAACAUGGGGCUUGCGUGCUUGGUAGGGUUGACGGGUCCGAUUUAUGCCCUCAUCGGGCCUGAUGCAGCUGUGCACAUGUCUGAAGAGAUCCGCGACGCCUCCCGCGUUCUUCCUAUCAGCAUGAUUAGCACACUGAUCCUUAAUGGAGCCACCGGCUUCAUCAUGAUCAUCACGUUCGCGUUUUGUCUGGGCGAUAUCGAAGAAGUCAUGGCCAGUGAGACGGGAUUCGCCUUUAUCCAGGUCUUCUGGAACGCCACUGGCUCGACUCGCGCCGCCACAGGGAUGACCGUGGUGAUUAUGAUCAUGCAAUUCUGUGCUGCUAUCAGCAAUGUUGCCACAACAUCUCGACAGAUUUACGCCUUUGCCCGUGACCAGGGCCUCCCGUUUGCUGGCUUCUUCUCAAAGAUUCAUCCUACCCUCAAAGUACCUUUCAAUGCCCUCUGCGUCAGCAUGGUUAUCGUUACCCUUCUCUCCCUCAUCAAUAUUGGCUCCUCGGUGGCCUUCAACGCGAUCAUGUCUCUUGGCACAGCUGCUUUGCUUUCCUCCUACCUGAUCUCCAUCUCCUGCGUGCGUCUUCGGCGGUGGAGAGGCGAUUAUCUCCCUCCGGCACGAUGGAGUCUCGGACGCGCGACACCGUUCAUCGACACCGUAUCGAUCCUCGUUUUAAUUGUCAUUUUGACGUUCAGCUUCUUCCCGCUCACGAACAAGCCCGACGCCGCCGAUAUGAACUGGAGUAUUGUUAUCUUUGCGGGGGUGGUGCUGUUGGCUGUAAUGUACUAUGUGUUGUAUGCGAAGCAUCAGUACCGGGGACCCGUGACGAGGGUCAGGACUGAGUGAACGUCGUCAAAUGUGCCAUCCCUUGAGCAGCAUCUUCCUAGUGUAAAUACCCAUCAUAUGGCAGAAUAGUCUGUAUUUAGG